CCGCCGAGCGGGUCCCCGCCUCCCCACUCCGCCCCCGCCUCCCCCAAGCCCAGCGGCCGCCUCUCCGGAUCUCUCUCUCUCUCUCUCUCUCUCUUCUUCAGGCUCUCCCGUGCCGGACCAGGGAUCGUGCAAGCAAGGAAGCAGCCCUGGGGUGAUACCCAGCACGUACGCUUGUGACAGCCGAGCCGAGCCAGGGACGCUUCUCGGAGGAGUCGCGGGAGGGUCCAGCUCGCUGUCGCUGAACCGAGCCUGUUCCUACGCCCAGUCCGCGGGGGACCCUUGAACCGUAGAGACCCCCAAGACCACCGAGCUGAUGGCAUCUUCCACUCCUUCGCCUGCAACCUCCUCGAACGCGGGAGCGGAUCCUAAUACUACCAACCUGCGCCCUACAACAUAUGAUACUUGGUGUGGCGUAGCCCAUGGAUGCACCAGAAAACUGGGCCUGAAGAUCUGUGGCUUCUUGCAAAGGACCAACAGCCUGGAAGAGAAGAGUAGACUUGUGAGCGCCUUCAGGGAGAGGCAGUCCUCCAAGAACCUGCUUUCCUGUGAAAACAGUGACCAGGGUGCCCGCUUCCGGCGCACAGAGACCGACUUCUCCAACCUGUUUGCUCAAGAUCUGCUUCCAGCUAAGAAUGGGGAGGAGCAAACUGCGCAGUUCUUGCUGGAAGUGGUGGACAUACUCCUCAACUACGUCCGCAAGACGUUCGAUCGCUCCACCAAGGUUCUGGACUUCCACCACCCGCACCAGUUGCUGGAAGGCAUGGAAGGCUUUAAUUUGGAGCUGUCUGACCACCCCGAGUCUCUGGAGCAGAUCCUGGUUGACUGUAGAGACACCCUGAAGUACGGGGUUCGCACAGGUCACCCUCGAUUUUUCAACCAGCUCUCGACUGGUUUGGAUAUCAUUGGUUUAGCUGGUGAAUGGCUGACAUCAACUGCCAAUACCAAUAUGUUCACAUAUGAAAUUGCACCCGUGUUUGUUCUCAUGGAACAGAUUACACUUAAGAAGAUGAGAGAGAUCGUUGGAUGGUCAAAUAAAGAUGGUGAUGGGAUAUUUUCUCCUGAUACAGCUCCCAGCAUCCUCAUCAGGUUUACAACCACCUGUUACUCCAUCUCUGGGGCAUCUAAAAUUCUCUUCUGUGCUCUGAGGGGCUAUGUUCCCCUUUACGUCAAUGCAACUGCAGGCACGACUGUUUACGGAGCAUUUGAUCCAAUCCAGGAGAUUGCGGACAUAUGUGAGAAAUACAACCUUUGGCUGCAUGUGGAUGCUGCCUGGGGUGGUGGGCUGCUCAUGUCCCGGAAGCACCGCCACAAACUCAGUGGCAUAGAAAGGGCCAAUUCAGUCACCUGGAACCCUCACAAGAUGAUGGGUGUGCUGCUCCAGUGCUCUGCCAUUCUAGUCAAGGAAAAGGGUAUACUCCAAGGAUGCAACCAGAUGUGUGCAGGCUACCUCUUCCAGCCAGACAAGCAGUAUGACGUCUCCUAUGACACCGGGGACAAAGCGAUUCAGUGUGGCCGCCAUGUGGACAUCUUCAAGUUCUGGCUGAUGUGGAAAGCAAAGGGCACCGUGGGAUUUGAAAAUCAGAUCAACAAAUGCCUGGAGCUGGCUGAGUACCUCUAUGCCAAGAUUAAAAACAGAGAAGAGUUCGAGAUGGUUUUCGACGGUGAGCCUGAGCACACAAAUGUCUGUUUCUGGUACAUUCCACAAAGCCUUCGAGGGGUUCCAGAUAGUCCUGAGCGACGAGAAAAACUACACAGGGUGGCUCCCAAGAUCAAAGCUCUGAUGAUGGAGUCAGGAACAACCAUGGUGGGCUACCAGCCUCAAGGGGACAAGGCCAACUUCUUCCGGAUGGUCAUCUCCAACCCAGCCGCCACCCAAUCUGACAUUGAUUUCCUCAUUGAGGAAAUAGAGAGGUUGGGUCAGGAUCUAUAAUUGCCCUUUACAGAACCAGAAUCACCGGCCAUGCUUGUGCCCCUCUGGUACCCUAGAACACAGCUCUGUCAGUAGCUGACAUAUCUAGGCCAUCUCAUUGAAGGAAAGUAUAAUCUCUUAAAGAAUAUUUGUCACAUCUCACGUAAGCUUGUUUGUUAGAGUUAGCAGGGAAUAAUGUUCUUUUAAAAAAUUGCACAUUAGAAACACAGUAUAUAUGUACAGUUAUAUAUACCUCUCUCUGUGUACAUGUAUGUAUAGUGAAUGUGGCUUAGUCCUAGACCAUAGCAUGUUGCUUGUCCCCAGGGAAUUAGCCUUACCCCCAGCAAUUACUAAGAGGCUAAACCAUCUCGCAAGCCUGCAGGGUAGAUGGUAUCCCUACUGCUAGGGCCCUAGGGACCCAGGGAAAGGCUGUUGGUGGGAGCCUACCUCCCUGCUAGAGCUGUUCCCCCGUGAAGGGAUGAUGGAUGACAGAAAGUACCAGUAGAUGACAAAUGUCACACCCUCCCUGUUAGUACCCUGCUAGGGGAAAUAGUAGCAGAGUCUUUGUCACAAUUGUGCUAUUGCUGUGUUUUAGAGAUUCAUCUGUGUAAACUGUGUAUAUUGCCAUUGUCUAUCUUUGGGCGGGGGGAAGUGCAUAUAAUGAUUUAAUUGUACAUCAGUGAGAUACCUGCUUAUUUAUAUUCAAAUAUAUACCAUGUUAAAGAGACAUCUUGUAUUUUCUUCCCAUUUGUAAUGUAUCUUAUUUAUAUAUUAAUGGAGUAAGUUCUGGAUACUGUUUAUGGUAUUUUCGUGCAUUUGUGAGCCAAAGAGAAAAGAUGAAAAUUAGUGAGACUUGCAUUUAUAUUAGAGUGCCCUUAACAUAAUGAUUUGAACAUAUGUGUACUGUCUGAAAAAGAAUUCUGAUACUGUACAUAGAGUCAUGUUAUGGAAACCUUGCUUCAGUAGCCUUUGCCCUUUCUUUCCCCCCUCAGGCUGUAUGUCAGGUGUUCUCAAAGCUUUUCUAGUAACUGUUGAAUAAUAAUAACUAGAUCUCCUGUAAUUUUGUAGUAGUAUAUGACCAAUCUCUGUGACUCGCUUAGCUGAAACCUAAGGCAAUGUUUCCGAAGAUCUCCGAUACACUGAUCGGUCCCACAAGUGUUUUUGAAGACAUGAAACCCACACUGUGCAUUUAGAGUAUGCAAGAAGAAUAUAAAUAAAAUAAAAACUAUUCUCCAUGAAGAAUU